AUGGGGCCUCCCGGGAACCGGGACGAAGUCUACGAGGACGACAGUGCCGAGGAGAGUGAGGAUGAGCCAGGCCGUUCGGAAGAGGAGUAUGUUCCGCAGGACUCAAGCGAUGACGAUGAUUGGAGCAACGAUUCCGACGCCGAUUCCGAUGAUCCAUAUGAUAUGACCGAUGAUUUAGACGCGAGGAACGAGGCCGAUAUUGAGCCGGCCACAAAAGGCCAGUGGAGCUACGCGGAAAGAUGGGGGUAA